GCCGGAUUUGCGACUAGCAACGAGCGGCUGAAUUGAAUAGAUCGCCGAAAUCUGACAUUGUGGAAUUUGGCUGCUUGGGAGUCGCGAUGGCCGGUGCUUCAGAAGUGUCUCCGCUAGAUUGCGAAAUGUCUCUCAAGACGGUGCGUCUUGAGAAAGAAUAUGAAAAGGCAAUUGCGGACUCGGCGCGUCUCUUAGACACCGAGCGAGAUCGUGUGCGACGUAUGGAGUAUCUGCUUCUUCAGUUCGAGCGCGAUAGCCUACAAUCGAAGCUCGACCAAGCCAACGACAGGAUACAUGGAUUGACACUGGCCGAGUCCGAGGCGCGUCUUCAGUUGGAGGAAGCCUUCCAGGAAAUCGAUUCUCUAGACCAGUCUGUUCAAGCCUCAUCCAGCGAGAUUCAGAGGCUAACCCAAGAGCUUUCAGCGCUUAACAAUACAUCAACCAGCUAUGGCAUGCUGCAGACAGAGAAGAUCCAGCUUUCCCGAGAGUUAUCCAACACCAAGUCGAAACUGGAGCGGCUACAGGCACAGAAUACCUCCCACCAGGCUACGGUGGCCGAGAAACAGGCAAUGGAGCGGCAACUGAACGCGGUGGAACUUCAACUAGAAAACGAGAAAAAUUCGCACGAGCGGACGCGAGUGAAGAUCUCCGAACAAGCGACACAGAUCACGAGCCUUUCAACCAAGAUCGAAGAGCUCCAAAAUGAACUCGCAAGGGGGCAACGGGAAAAUAAACACCGCGAACGGGAUGACCAACAGCAGAAUGCGGGAUGGGAGAAAGAACGAUCGGUAUUGGAGGGAAAAAUCGAAACGCUACGCAAGCAACUCCGAUCGACCAAGGACAAGCUCCAGGAGGCCCAGCAUGACUUGCAGCGACGGCGUAGCAACGCUCGUAGCAACGAGGUGGAUGAUGGCGAAGCAGGGUCGCGAAGAGUCCCCCUUCAGCGUCCGGGACCUAGCGCAGAGUCUCACGGCGUCGGUAUGAUCAUCGCAACACCGGGAGCUGUGCGCGUGCAAGAAAAGCCAAAGAGACAAUCCGCGCUGCCGGGCGACAAAUCCGCAUUUUCCAUUACUCCGUUCCUGAACCGCACUGGACCAGCCCCUCGUGAUACUCCGAUCAGCUCUGACAUGGAUGAAGAUGAAGUCAAGCAAGCAAUAAAACAAAGUCGGGCAGCACUGCGUAAGCCCAGUGUCGUUGAUGAAUCAAAAAAUCGAGAUUCUUCCCCGGGCGAGCAGCUGCCUGCUAAAGCCCAAUCGACCACAGCGAAGUCACGGGCACGAACUGCGAAACCUGCCACGUCAAAAGUUGCACGUGAAUUGAAUCAGCCAGCAAGCCGUCCCACCAGUAAAGUGUCUCUCGACGCACCGGAGGAACCAUCGAAUGAUCCUCCCCCGGAGCAAGGACAGGCCAAGACUAAGAGGCGGAAACUUGGGGCCCAGCGAGAGCGUAGCCUGUUUGAGGAUGAAGAUGACGAAGAUAUCCUUGGUCUCCGCAAGCCUCGAAAGUUGGCUCUUGGUGGUGGGCGACAGUCAGUGCUCGCGGCGCCUCUGUCCACCUCCUCGGGAGGGGACAUACUAGCUCGUGGUGGAGGAUUCGGUGCAGCUAGGGCAUUUUCCCCUUUGAAACGAGAUCGCAUGCGAUAGAGCCAUUUAGUGUUGGUUUUGAAACAGACGUAGUUGUCUUGAUCUUCGGUGUAUAUACUGAGCUACGAAAUCCCCAAGUUGAUCGCAACAAACUUCAAGCUCAUACUAUCCGUCAGUAGUCGAACUAUGACCCAGGGGAUUAGGUCUGAAUAAUUAAUAAAAGACAGUUCAAGUCACACGCCAACAGGCCUUUAAAAGGUAGGGCAUCAAGCGUAUCUCUUCUUCC